AUGGUCCCUGACAAGGUCGAAGUGAGUGCCGCCGGCACUACCGCCGCCGCCGCCGCCGCUGCUGCCACCGGCUCCCCUUCUCCGACGGCGGCGGGGGCGAAGGUGCCCGCAACGGCGGCGGUGGGCGAUGUUGCCGCUGUUACGGCGAUGACGACGGGGAAGAGCGUCGAUGCUGCCGCCGACGCAGAAGACGGCGAAGCCGCCAUCGACGGCAAUGGGGAAGCAGCAGCAGCAGCAGCAGAACAGGAAGGGGGAGAGCAGGAGAUCGCGGUGUUGUUGACGGUGCACCCGCCGCAGGCGACGCCGGCGGAGGCGGCCGCGCCGCUUGUGCUCGAGCCCCUGGGGGGCAUGGAGCUCGUGAUGCAGGUAAGGCAGCUGCUGGGAGAAAUCCCGCAGACAUGCCUCUACUCCGCCUUCCGUCUGGUGGCGUUGACGCCCGAGCCCGAAGGGGCUGAGGACGGGGCCAGCAGCGGCGGGGGGGGGGACGCGGUCUGGAAGCGGGAGGGGGAUGUGAUGAACGAUUUCGUGGAGCUGAGGUCGAUCCCGGCCGUCGCUGCCCGCCCUGAGAAUGUGGAGGUCCGUAUGGAGCUCGAACCCUACACGGUCAGCACCGCAAGGCAGCACUUGCAGAAGUUCAGGGAGCUUCUCAAGUUCCCACCACCGUGCCAGGACGGCGUGGGCCCCGGGGCCAAGAAGGGCGCCGGCGGCGGGGGCAAGAAGGGCAAGGGGAAGUCGGGGGGAGGCGGGAAAAACAAGAAAUCCAAAGAGAGUCCUGCCAACUCUGGUGCGACCGCUUCUAAAGCUGUCGUCGCCAAAGCUGGGGGGGAGGGGGAGGGGGAGGGAGGUGCCGCGGCAGCGGCGGGAGAGGUUGAUCCGGCAGCCGAGGCCGCCGCGCAGCGCAUCCAGAGGGCGCUGGACAUCCGCGGGAGGCUUAAGGACAGUCGGGUGCCGGUGGUCGGUGCAGAGGGGCUUGGAGCGUUCUACGGUGUCGGUCUCGGUCUCGCCGUCGAGGAAGUAGCGUCUCCAUCGCUGGAGGAGGGCGGCGGCAAACACAAGGGGGGCAAGGACAGGGACGGGCCAAUCACGUGCGUCAAGGGGGUUUCGGUGUCUGCGUGGAACCCGCCACCUCCCCAGCGGAGACUGGUGGGCGACCUAAUGUACCUGGAGGUGGUGGCGUUGGACGGGACUGUGAUCAACAUCACCUGCACGCAGGGGGGCUUCUACGUGAACGGCACCAGCCGGGGAAACUUCGACCCAAGACCCAUCUCCGGGAACCCUUGCCAUUCCCACGAGCUCGCCGUGUGCCUCCUCGCCAGAAACCCCAGCUUCGCCAAGGCCUGGAACAAUGCCGUGGCUCAGGCGUGGAAGCGCAUCCAGUCGGACGACCCCGUCCACGCCCUGGCGAGGGCAAUGCGGGAAGGGAGAGGGGACCAGGUGAUGGUGAAGCCACAGUGGAACAUGCCUAUCCCCGAUCCCAAGUGGGGAGAGCACAAGGCCGACCCUUGCCGCGCCCAAGACGACCUAUCUUCCGGGUUUGGUAUGGAGGACAGAGGCGUUCCCAGGGAGUGGAACGACGAGUAUCAGUGCCUGCUAGAGCUCCCCAGCGGUACCGCCGAGCUGAGCAUGACCCGGUCUAGGGCCCUGCACAAGCUGCUGUGCGAUUUCCAGGACGCUGCCACGGCGGGGGCGGUUGCCAUCAGCGAUGGCUUCAUCCCCCCUGCAAACCCCACCGAGGCUGAGCACAGCCAUGUAUUCGUCUUCAACAACAUCUUCUUCAGCUACGCCGCGGACAGCCCGGACGCCUACAAGGCUGUGUCGGGAGACUCGGCCGCUCGCAAGUCUGCCUCGCAGGACCUGGCUAGCGUGGUGGCCCUCAACCUUCUCGGCGAGGCCUUCCACCCACAGCUGAGCAUCAAGACCCUGGCGACGGCUGUCGUGGACUUUGGCGGAAGGCGGCUGAUCGCCCAGUCUCUCGUGCCCGGCAUCCUCAACGGAGACCAGACGAACAAGGUAGUGUACGGUGCGAUGGAGCACGGUCAGCCUCUCCGUGGGAACGAGAAGGUCUCCUCUCUCCUCAAGGACGUGGGGCAGCGCCUGAUGAUCGCUGAGCGCGAGAUCGACGCGGUACCCAUCAAGAAGCCGCCCUCGCCCUCGCCCUCGCCCUCGUCUUCGACCUCUGCGGGCGGUGUGGAGGAGAGCGCGCAGGAAACGUCCCCAGGCAGUUGUGACGAGGCAGCAGAAGCAGCAGAAGCAGCCCCUGCGACGGUGAAAAUUACGGGGGCUGUGGAGAUGAAGGGGAUCGUCGGCAGUGACGGCAGGUCGUACCUCUUGGACGUUUCUCGAGUUACUCCUCGCGAUGCCAACUGGGUGCGGGGGGCAAAGGGAACCGGGGGUUACAACGAGUGGAUGGCGGCUCAGGUAGACGAGCCGGUGCUGACCGUGGGAGACUGGGAGAAGGAUGCUACCCAAGGGCAAGAGGCUGGUAAGGGCAAGGGCCCAGACCUGAGCUUCGAGAGCAUGGCGGUGCUUCGGCCGGAGCUUCUCACUAUGUUCACGAGACACAAGGUGGGCGAGUGGUUCAGGACGCGCAACUCGGAAAAGCUCGCCAGCGACGCCGACACCCCUGCGCCAGAAGCGAAGAAUGAAUCGGGGGACGCUGCCGAGAAGUCCCCUCUCCCCCCGACGCCCGAAAAAGCGCCUCUUGCGGAGAAGGAGACCAUUCCCUCCCCAUCGGUGCUGGCGGAGGCGGAGGCGGGCGGCGGCAGCAGUAAAACGACCGAGAUUCCGGUCGAAGAGGGGGGCUCCGUGGUUGCUCAAGCCGGGGGGGAGGAUGCGGAAGAGGGGGAGGAGGAGAAGGCUAUGAAGGAGCUGAGGAUGUCCGAGGAGGAUCUGACCAAGCUUAAGGAUGAGCAGGAGGCGCGCUGCAAGGAGCUCGCCAUGAACGUCAACGUCUUCAUGCCCUACAAGGGCUGCGUUGACGAGGAGCAACUGCUUGCCGAUGAGGAGAUGGCGAGAAGUGCCGCUCGUCACUUGUGGGACGUGGCCCUACCGUUGGUCACGGCCGAGGUGAAGAGGGGGUCCCUCUGCCCGCUGGACUGUGCGGAGCUCGCCAAGGUGCUGCAUGGAUCGGGGGUUAACAUGCGGUACCUCGGACGCUUGGCGACGGUGGCUAUCGAGGAGGAGGCCGAGGACGCUGCCGUGAGGGCUGACGGUAAGCUUCGCCGUUGGAGGAUGCCGUUGUUCUGGCUGGAGAUGCUGGAGACGGAGAUGGUGGCCAGGGCCGCCACGCACGUGUUCAACCGCUACAUGGCCAUGAGCUCGCCGAGGGCCAGACACGCACAAGGCAGAGCGGUUCAGCAGUUCCUCAACUGCCUCAUCGGGGGUACUGAGAACGCAUCCCCGCCGACAGCUCCUGGAUGCCGGAGGAUGACUUCAGCCUCGUCGCGCUCACCCCCGACGGGCUGUGGCAAUCCGUGUGCGCUGAAGUGUUCCUCAGGUUCCGCCACCGGUUGGUCAUCUGGGGGGCGCCCGUCGAACGCGGAAAAUGCUGAGCGGCGUCACAAGCUUCCGCUGCUGCGAAGGCUGAGCCAGCGGCUGGGUGCAAGGGUGCUUAGCAAGACCUACAGGCUCGAGACCAAGGAGCCAUUCGCGCUGGAAGACAUCGCCGGAGUCUCCCCGGUGGUGAAGUCUUGCGUACCUGCAUCCCCGGCUCCUGACGCCGCCGAGGCUCUGGAGAUGGCACAGCUGCACCUUACGUCGGGCUCCGGGCUGCAAAUGGCCCACGACUUUGCGCACCACGCCGCCACCCUGCUCCUCCAGGCUUGCGACGGUAUGCACAGCAAGUAUCCGGCAGCUCUGAACCUACAGGCCAGGGUCAUGUACCUCGGGGGGGACCCUGACACAGCGGUGGCUCUCCAGCUCAAGGCCCUCGCCUUCUACGAGCAGCUCGAGGGGCUAGACUCUGCGGCGGUGGUGAAGUGCCACGAACAGCUAGGACAGUACUACAUGACGGCAGGCAUCUAUGACAAGGCCUUGGCGCACAUGCGCGCUUUCUGCUACCUGGUGGAGCUCACGGCGGGCCCCAACCACCCGGAGCUGUCCAACGCCUACCACCGCAUGGGGAGGGCCUACCAGGACUUGGGCAGCGCCAUCAUGGCUCUCAGGUGCUACCAGGAGGCGUUGGAGAGGCAGCCAGGGGACCACAUGAUCAACCCCCGGGUGCACCACAGCGUCGCGGAGACCCUCGAAGCCAUGGGGGGAUACCCCGAUGCGCUCAAACACGAGCGACUGUCCCACGCAGGGUUCAAGGCCGUGCAUGGAGACCAGCACCCGCUAGUCGCCAAGAGCACGCAGAACAUCCGGGCGUUGACCACCAAGCUUGUCAAAGCCGCCCAGGGCAACCCGAGCCAACAAACCUCACUUCUUGCAGAAGCAAAGGCGGCGGCGGCGGCAGCAGCGGCGGCGGCGUCCGCCUCCCAACAGAACGCCUCUGGAAAGGGCAGUGGCAAGGCGGCGCCUGCGGCGGAACCGCGAGCAGGGGCUAGCGCCGGCGGUAAAGAUGGGGGGGUGGAGGAGAGCAAGAGUAGCGGGCAGGGCGGGAGUUCUAGCGGCAAGAAGGACUGCUCGUGUUGUGAGACCAAGAAGAGUAGUGCAUGA